UUUCCUUGGGAAUCUGCAGUUGUUAAGUAAGGUUGGCAUGCAGAAUGUGUUCUUUGGAUUAUCUUCCUACCUUUUUUUCUAGCCUGUAAAUGUUCGCAGAUGAAUGACCUUAGAAAAAGUGAAAUGUUUAAUUCACCUCACUUCAAAUGUUAUCAGUGAAAGGUAGUACAGAUACGGGAGUAUCCAUUAUACAAUCUCCUGAAAGCACAGACCCAGAAACGGAUGGGAGAUGUUCAAGAAGCCAUUAAAACACUACAGAUGGCAAUGAACUUACCUGGAAUGAAGAAAGGAAGUGCUACAGCAAAGUCAAAGGGAAGAAAAGCAGAGAUCAGUGCUAGCGACAGGGUGUCCAUUUUUCUGGAGCUCGUAGAUGCUCAUCGUUUGAAUGGCGAGCAGCACGAGGCAGCAAAGGUAUUACAAGAUGCUAUCAAUGAAUUUACUGGAACAGCGGAAGAACUGCGUCUCAUGAUUGCCAAUGCGGAGCUGGCUCUGACUCAUGGUGAUGUGGAACAAGCAUUAUCCAUGCUUCGAAAUGUCUCUCCAGAGCAGCCUUACUUUGUGCAGGCCAAGGAGAAAAUGGCUGAUAUUUAUCUGCAGCACAGGAAAGAUAAGAAGCUCUAUGUCAGCUGCUACAGGGAUCUGGUUGAUAAGGUUCCAAGUUCUCAAACAUAUCUCCUUCUUGGUGAUGCCUAUAUGAAUAUUCAAGAGCCAGAGAAGGCCAUAGAUGUUUAUGAGCAGGCUUUAAAGAAGAACCCCAAAGAUGGGACACUUGCCAGUAAAAUUGGUAAAGCCCUCAUCAAGACACACAACUAUGCUAAGGCUAUUAGUUACUAUGAAACAGCUGUGAAAAGCGGUCAACAGAAUUUCCUCCGCUAUGACUUGGCCGAGCUCCUAUUAAAACUGAAGCAUUAUGAGAAGGCAGAGAAAGUUCUGGUGCAAGCACUGGACCAUGAGACCGUUAAUGAGCUAUCUCCUCUUAUGGAUGACAGCCGUUACCAUGUUCUGCUUGCAAAGAUUUACAGCAAGAUGGAGAAGACAGAAGAGGCCAUUGUUUCCUUACAAAGAGCCAGAGAGCUGCAGGCCAGAGUACUGAAGAGGGCACAGCUAGAGCAACCAGAUGCAGUCCCAGCUCAGAAAGUGCUAGCAGCAGAAAUCUGUGCCGAAAUUGCCAGACAUGCUGCAGCCCAGCGUGACUAUGAGAAGGCCAUCAAAUUUUAUAAGGAAGCUCUGGUGUACUGUGAAACUGACAAUAAGGUGAUAAUGGAGCUUGCACACCUGUAUCUUGCACAAGAUGACAUUGACUCAUGCCAGCAGCAAUGUGCCCUCUUAUUGAAGAAUGACCAGAACAAUGAAGCUGCUGCAAUGAUGAUGGCAGAUCUUAUGUUCAGGAAACAAGACUAUGAGCAAGCCAUGUUUCACUUUCAGCAGCUGCUGGAGCGUAAGCCAGAUAAUUAUGGCACUCUCUCUCGUUUGAUUGACCUGUUGAGAAGAGCUGGGAAGCUUGAAGAGGUCCCAAAAUUUCUAGAUCUGGCUGAGAAGUAUUCCUCCAGAGCAAAGCUUGAACCUGGCUUUCAUUAUUGCAAAGGAUUAUACUUGUGGUACACAGGUGAAGCUAAUGAUGCCCUCCGACAUUUCAAUAAAGCUCGUAAAGACAGCGAUUGGGGACAAAAUGCCAUAUAUAACAUGAUUGAAAUCUGUUUAAAUCCAGAUAAUGAUACUGUGGGCGGGGAAGUGUUUGACAACUUGGAUGGCGACAUGGGGAACUCCACAGAAAAGCAGGAAUCUGUACAGCUUGCUGUCAGAACAGCAGAGAAACUUCUCAAGGAGCUGAAGCCGCAAAGUCUCCAUGGACACAUCCAACUUCGAAUUAUGGAGAACUAUUGCCUGAUGGCAACCAAGCAGAAAGCCAAUGUUGAGCGCGCUCUAAAUACAUUUACUGAAGUGGUAGCUGCAGAAAAAGACCAUGUUCCAGCGCUUUUGGGUAUGGCCACUGCUUACAUGAUAUUAAAGCAAACCCCAAGAGCGAGAAACCAAUUGAAACGCAUUGCCAAAAUGAACUGGAGCCCAGCAGAGGCAGAGGAGUUUGAGAAGAGCUUACUGUUACUGGCGGACAUUUACAUUCAGUCAGGCAAAUAUGAUAUGGCGGGCGAGUUGCUAAAACGCUGUCUGCGACAUAAUAAGUCAUGCUGCAAGGCUUAUGAAUACACCGGCUAUAUCAUGGAGAAGGAACAAGCAUAUAAAGACGCAGCCAGCAACUAUGAAAUGGCUUGGAAGUACGGCAACCAGACUAAUCCCACUGUGGGAUACAAACUUGCUUUUAACUACCUUAAGGCAAAAAGAUACGUUGAUGCAAUUGAUGUGUGCCACAAGGUCUUAGAAGUUCAUCCCAAUUACCCAAAGAUAAGAAAAGAUAUUCUUGACAAAUCCAGAGCUGCCUUAAGGACUUAA